AAUACUCCACAUUUUGAUCCUCAGCUCCCCAAAAGCCAUGGCAAAGUCCUUCAACUCCAAAACCGGAAUCUACACGUCCCCCCGGCCUCCGGUUCACUUCCCCGAAGACCCGAACCUCUCUCUCACCUCCUUCCUCUUCCAAUCGUCCUCUUCUUUCCCUCACAGCCUCGCCCUCGCGGAUGCCGACUCCGGCGAAACCAUAACCUUCCUUCAGUUCAAAACUCUCGUCUCCAGGCUCGCACAAGCCCUCAUGAAAUUAAACAUCAAGAAAGACGACGUCGUCCUUAUCCUCUCCCCAAAUUCCAUCCACUUCCCCGUCUGCUUCUUCUCCGUCGUCUCCAUCGGAGCCAUUGGCACCACCUGUAAUCCUCUCUACACCAUAUACGAGCUCUCAAACCAAAUCAAAGACUGUAACCCUAAGCUCAUCAUCACCGUCCCGGAACUCUGGCAUAAAGUGGAGAGCUUCAAUAUUCCAACUAAGUACUUCUCCGACUUAAUCACAAUAUCAAACUCUAUUUCCGAUUUACCGGUGGUUAGUGUCACACAUAGUGAUGUUGCGGCUCUGAUGUACUCAUCCGGCACGACCGGGAAAAGCAAGGGAGUGAUUCUAACUCACCGGAACUUCAUUACAGCGUCGUUAAUGAUGACGUCUGACCAGGACCAUUACCGGGAGCCGAAACACGUGUUUUUGUGUUUUGUUCCCAUGUUCCACAUAAUGGGGCUGUCGGUGAUUCUGUAUUCGCAGCUCAGGCGAGGCAACGCCGUCGUUUCAAUGGCCAAGUUUAAUAUUGACAAGGCGUUGAAAGCGGUAGAGGAGUACAAGGUCACUCAAUUGUUCGUCGUUCCGCCGGUGAUGAUUGCGCUGACCAAGCAGAGUGUGGUUAACAAGUACGAUUUGACUUCGGUGAAGUUAAUUGUGUGCGGUGCGGCACCGCUUGGAAAAGAGUUGAUGGAGGAGACGGCCAAGAAUAUUCCUCAGGCUGCCGUUGUUCAGGGAUAUGGUAUGACAGAAACUUGUGGAAUAAUUUCACUAGAGAAUCCAAGAGAAGGAUCUCGAUUUUCUGGUUCAACCGGGGUGCUUGCUACUGGAAUUGAAUGCCGGAUAGCUAGUGUAGAUACCCUCAAGGCUCUUCCCCCAAAUGAAUUGGGUGAAAUAUGGGUUAGAGGACCAAAUAUGAUGCCAGGUUAUUACAAUAAUCUGGAAGCAACGAAGUUGACUAUAGAUGUACACGGGUGGGUACACACCGGAGAUCUUGGAUAUUUUGAUGAAGAGGGGAGAUUGUAUGUUGUGGAUCGACUGAAAGAGCUCAUCAAGUGUUAUGGUUAUCAGGUUGCCCCAGCAGAGCUUGAAGGGUUGUUACUCUCUCACCCUGAAAUAUUGGAUGCAGUAGUAAUCCCAUUUCCAGAUGCUAAAGCCGGUCAGGUUCCGAUUGCUUAUGUUGUUCGUGCACCCAAUAGCCUGCUAACAGAACAAGAUAUCCUAAAAUUUGUAGAGAAACUGGUUGCACCAUUCAAAAGAUUGCGGACCAUAACUUUCGUAACCAGUGUUCCCAAGUCGGCUUCCGGAAAGAUUUUGAGAAGGGAGCUUAUACAGAAAGUUCAGUCAAAAAUAUGAUUUCAUGAUGAUUUGAUGAUACAG